GCAGUCCCAUGUGUUUUGUGUUACAUUACUUAUUUUUCCAUUUCGUAACUUUUUUUUCUGCGGUUCACUGGCGCUCUUUAAUAUUCUAUUGCUGAGCACAUGCCGCUUGUGAAGUGAUCAGUUUUUUUAGUAAGUGCAGUCGAUGGAACGUUCAAGCACCGCAAGUCACCGAUAGUUGUACUGAACUGUGGAUUUUCCUUUCUGCGGUGUAUUAAAUCGAAUUAUCAUUUUGGAGAUUGGAAAUUUCCUCCGGCAGAGCGUCGACGGGCGGAACUAGCUGCUCAGGCUGGUAAACACAGGGGUCGUAAAUGCAACAUGUGCUGGAAAUGACUCUUCGGCCUCAACUCGAGCACACCGCUACUGUUGGUUGGCUGGUGCAAAUAGCUGUCAUUACGAUCGAUUACCGGUUCGAUGUGCUGGCAGCUUACGCUAGCACACGGGACCAUUAAAGGAUUACAACAGGCCGCUCCGUAUACUUUACCGAGUGACUUAUUAGCCACAGUUGAUAGGUUUAUGACAGCGAUUCCGAAAGUGCAAUGACUGGUGCUCGAUUCGUGGCCUACCGCGGCUGCCUCGUCCUGCCCGGCGCAUGCACUUACAUCCUCCUACUGACCCACAUCGGUAGCCGCAGUGGGUGGUAUUGAUCUUCUGUUGAUAGGCACGGACGGCAUGGACAGUGCUCAAGCUGAACUGGCAAAAUUAGGCUGGCCACUACUGUUGCAAGAGGAUAACGCCACCAACACGCCAGAGAAGAGAAACAAGUGCCUAGCAAAUUGAGCUAAAACGGUGGUUACUAAAGUGAAGUGCCCUAUUACUUAAUCGUAAAUUGCCAGUUGGAAUCGACGUGAUUCAGGGUGGAAAGAGUAGAAGAAAGUUACAUUUCAGAUCGUGCAGAAAUGGGCCUCCAUUAUUGCAAAGUGUAUUGUACUUAAAAAUUAAUAAUUAUACAAUCGGUAGUGAACGUUUUGGGAUUGUGUUCAGCUAAUUGAUAGGAAACAACUGUGAAACUGUGAACUUAACAGAAGUGCAUCUGGCCUUUGGGAAUACAUACUUCAAGCAGUAAAACAAAUCGACAACAUGGUGCUCUGCGACAGUGAUUUAGAUGUAACCGGCAUCUCGCAAAAGUGGAACAAACUCCGACGACGAUGUGCCUCAUUCAAGACAGUCUCCGGUCCAGCGUCGCUCGAUUCGGACACCAAUUUCAUUCUGGCCGAACAUCCCGGUCACUAUCAAAUUAUUGCGUCCGGUCCGGCGAUACCGGUUCAAGUUCAACAGGUGCAACAGUCCCACCACCACCAUCACCAUCACCAUCACGGGCACCAUCGGCACCAUCAUCACCACCAUCACCAUCAUAAUGGAAACAGCGAGCAACUGGUGACGGAUCAGCCACAGUACGGACAUCUUACUGAUCCGAACUGGGAGCUGCGACAUUCCAGCUCUAGUUCAACCUCAACGUCAUCUUCCACGAUUGGACAAACUCAGCUUCCAAUUUAUGCUGCCGAAGAGUACUGGCACAUUCAUGAACGCGACGUCAAACUAUGGCGACUAGGUGCUCAUCAAACAUACGCCCAUAGAAUCCGAGUAACGCCCAACCACCGCCGCAGUGCGCACAGCAUAGAUUGGGAAUACAACGUGCAUAAGUACGAAAACAUGACCGACCCAGCCCAAGUAGCUACCGCGCGACUUUUUCGUCAUGAAAAGCUUCAGUAUUAUGACGAGGUGUCGAAUGUGAUGAAGAAAAACUCACUUGGUGCUAGUGAAAGUGAAAGUGGAAUUAAGAUAGCCAAAGAGAUUAAACUACCUAGUCUGAAGAACUUUAAAUCAGCUUCAAUGCGACUGCCCGGGCAAAAGUCUUCCAUUAACGAGGUGCAGCAGCUGUUGAGAAGUAAAUUCAACCGAAUCCAUGCCGGCUUACGAAAACGAAGAGCCCUUUCUGUCCAAGAAGUGUUCCAAAUGCCCAGUCAGGCAACGCCCACUAAGCCCACUUUUUACGUACCGUCUCCGCUCGUUGGUGAACGAAUACCGCACAAUCCUACAAGGUACGAGGAAGAAUCUAACGAAGAAGAAGAUGGUCCCCUAAGUUUACCAUACAUCAGUGAGAAUCUGGUAGCAGCUGAUCAAUCUCAUGUCCAUCUUCGCGAACGUUCAUUAAGUCCCAGAAAAGAACGUACCAAAACAUGGUACCGAAACAUCGACUUAAAUAACCCAAUUCGUAAACCAGAAAACGAUUCAAGGGCAUCUACUCCACAAAAUGGAAAACCUCCAGCUCCGACGCCUGCUGCUGAAGCAGAACCGGAUGAGCAACCCAAAGAAAAACAGCCAGAAAAGCCGGCCUUCGCCAUCGGUGGACGCGUCUCGUUACGGGAACGCGUCGAAAGCAUGAACCUCAGCCGAUUGCGAUCGAAAACCGCCAGCAGCAACAAUGCAGCUAGUCCGCAACCAAAAAAGACCCCCGAACAGCGUAAAAUCCGUCCCCGCAGUCAUUCGCCGCUAAAGAACAUCAGGAUUAAUCUUUCCGGUUUCGGUAUUGGCGGCGGCGGAAGCGACCAGCAAACAGCAACACCGAAACCGAAACGUGAAUCGUUCGGUUUAUUUGGCAAGCUAAACCGCAUGAUGCACGGCGGCAACGGUAACCAUUCGCCCGAAAAGCCGAACCGUGCCAGCAACAACGGUGCCGAUGUGCAGGACGGCGCCGUAAAGGGAACUACCGGACAACAGCAGCAGCAGCAACAGCGGCCGCCAAAAACAAACGGCACCAGUGCCGUUAGUUACAGCGGUAAUGUUAGUAAACAAUCAACCAUCCAAAAGUUGACCCAGCUUAGCACCGGCCAGCGGCGGACUGGGUCGACGCAGCAGCAGCAAGCCGAAACAGCUGCACCUGCGGUGCUCGUGACAGACAGCAGUAGCAGCCGUGAGCGGAAGUCCAAUCAGACUUCCAACAACUCCCAAAAAUCGUCCGCCUCCACUAACGGUAGCACCAAACCGACGGCAGUAACUUUCCUCAAGGUUCAAGACCACAACCACAACCAUCAGGUCAGCAUUGGUGGGUCACCCCGGGAGGACGAACUUGAGGAGGAAGAAAUCGAGGAGAGCAAAUUUUGCACACUGCCAAGAACUGGCCCAAACGCAUUUACCAUUCGUCAGGCCCGUUUUGUUAAGGGAACUGGAGCUAAGGCGCUUGGUUUCUCCAUUGUUGGCGGUAAGGAUUCCCCCAAAGGUUCCAUGGGUAUCUACGUAAAAACGAUUUACCCGAACGGACAGGCUGCCGAGAAGGGUACCCUGCAGGAAGGGGACGAAAUACUGUCGGUCAAUGGUAAAGCCUUCCAGGGGCUGUCCCAUCAGGAGGCCAUCGAUGUGUUCAAAUCAAUCAAAACCGGCGAUGUAGUGAUACUGAUCGGGCGACGGAACAACCGACGCAAGCUGGAUACGCCGUCUCCUCAAGGAAUUGAGCAGACUUGAGCGAGGCACCGAAUGCCAGAUGAUGAUUUAACGGUGGAAAAAUAUAGUUUGAACAUUAAAAUGAUUUCUAAACAAACUAUGCAAUUAUUAGUUAUAGGCAAUAGGUACAUAGUAACUGGGCACAAUUAAAUAAAAGGAGUGGUCAGGGUAGUGUGACAAAAUUUAGACAUGUUAUAGACGGUUAGUGUAAUCAUUGUCACGAUUGCGACAUCAUGUGUCAAAUUGCCCUUUAUUGGAAACCAACACAAUAACCUGGAAUUGCUAAACUGUGCACUCCUAGUCUCCCUAAGUAAGAUAAUAAGCAAAAGUUUGUUGAUCAUAAUAAAGACCAUAUUCGUCAUUAUUCAUUUAUAACAAUACCAAAGGUUUGUCAUCAAAUAAAUAAAUAUCAAGUCAAU